ACUACCGGAAGUGUUGAAGCUGAAACGGAGCCCGUGAGGUCUAGAGCCGCCUUUCAGUCUUUGGAAGAUGCGGAAGUGAUCGCGUUUUCGCCGGUGCCACGGCUAACCUCUACAGCUGUCUGCACCCUCACUAGGGUGGGGUCCGACCUGCCUCGUUCCCAGGUCCUUUGGCUCCUGUCUCGGAAAGGCGGCCUCCUGUUACACGAUGCCCUCGUUCGGACUCCGGCACAGGAGGGCCUGGGCUUCACUGUUGAGCCAGCUCCUGCGACCGUCCGGUCUUGUGUGCAUCAGGGAGGUACAUUUUCAUAGUCAGGUUUCAGAGGCAGUGAUAACGUCCCAACUGAAACCACAUCAAGAAAAAUCAAAUUUUAUUAUUAAGACACCAAAGGGCACCAGAGAUCUUAGUCCCCAGCAGAUGGUUAUAAGGGAGAAAAUUCUUGAUAUGGUGGUUGGCUGCUUUAAACGUCACGGAGCAAAGAGAUUAGAUACUCCAGCAUUUGAACUUAAGGAAAUGCUCACUGAGAAGUAUGGAGAGGACUCUGGGCUAAUCUAUGAUCUGAAGGAUCAAGGUGGAGAGCUGUUGUCCCUGCGCUAUGACCUUACUGUUCCUUUUGCUCGUUAUCUUGCUAUGAAUAAAGUGAAGAGGAUGAAACGCUACCAUGUUGGAAAGGUGUGGCGGCGAGAGAGCCCAACCAUAGUCCAAGGUCGCUACAGGGAGUUCUGCCAGUGUGAUUUUGACAUUGCUGGUCAGUUUGACCCUAUGAUCCCCGAUGCAGAGUGCUUAAAGAUUAUGUGUGAAAUCCUAAGUGGGUUGCAGUUGGGGGACUUUCUCAUUAAGGCUAACAGGGACUGCUCUUGUUUUGAGGGAAAGCACAUGGACAAGGGACUGGGGUUAUUUCCACUGAGUUCACAGGUCAAUGAUCGGCGGAUUUUGGAUGGGAUGUUGGCUGUCUGUGGUGUUCCUGAAAGCAAGUUCCAUGCCAUCUGCUCCUCAAUAGACAAACUAGACAAGAUAUCGUGGAAUGAUGUAAGACACGAGAUGGUGGCAAAGAAAGGCCUGGCUCCUGAAGUGGCUGAUAGAAUUGGUGACUAUGUUCAAUGUCAUGGUGGGGUAUCCUUAAUAGAGGAAAUGUUGCAGGAUUCUAGACUAUCCCAGAACAAGCAGGCCCUAGAGGGCUUGGGGGACUUGAAGCUGCUAUUUGAAUACCUGACUUUAUUUGGAAUUGCUGAGAAGAUCUCUUUUGACCUAAGCCUAGCUCGGGGACUGGACUACUAUACUGGAGUGAUCUACGAAGCAGUGCUACUACAGACCCCAGCUCAGUCUGAGGAGUCCCUCAAUGUGGGCAGUGUGGCUGCUGGUGGACGCUAUGAUGGGUUGGUGGGCAUGUUUGACCCCAAGGGCCACAAAGUGCCGUGUGUGGGGCUCAGUAUUGGGGUGGAGCGAAUCUUCACCAUUUUGGAACAGAGGAUAAAGACUUCUGGUCAGAAGAUACGGACCACAGAGACCCAAGUGUUUGUGGCUACACCACAGAAGAACUUUCUUCAUGAACGGUUGAAGCUAAUUUCAGAGCUUUGGGAUGCUGGGAUCAAGGCAGAGCUGCUGUAUAAGAACAACCCGAAACUACUAACUCAACUGCACUACUGUGAGCACAUGGGCAUUCCAUUGGUAGUCAUUAUUGGUGAGCAAGAACUUAAAGAAGGCGUAAUCAAACUUCGUUCAGUGGCCAGCAGGGAGGAGGUGGCCAUUAAACGGGAAAGUCUUGUGACUGAAAUUCAGAAGAGACUAUCUGAGUCUUAAUCCUUGCCUGCUUGCCAUCUGCUGCUCUUUCUAGAAGGUGUUUCUUCUAGGACUGAGUUCCUGAUGGACUUCACAACUGCUGGCCAGGAUGAGUGACAAGUUCCUCUGCCUCCUCCAUCCUUUCUGGGUACAGAACUGUAGGAGGCCCUGAGGAUUCCUGGGCUAGUGUGAGCAGCUAUUCUGCAUGGUUGCAGAUGGCUGGUAUGUGAAAGAGGCAUGCUUUAACUGCAGAGACAGAUGGCAGAUUUGAAGUGCUAUUGAAUGCUACCAAGAGGUGCCGAGAUGGUUGCUUUGAGCAAGGCUCUAGGAAAGUUGCCUCAAGCCGAGACCAUUAAGAUCAGAAGUCAGGUACUUAAUCUUCCACUAUGGCUUCUGACCAAAUUUGGGGAAAUUUGUCCACAACCUUCCCUUGGCUUGUCCAGGGAGUUUUGGGAGACAGCAAAGAAGGGGCAAAUGGCUGCUUUCUCCUUUGUUUGAGGACAAAAAUGCUGUCCUAACGGUAUAGGAGUGCUCAUUUUGACAUGUAAUCUGUCUAGUCCACACUCUUAAUAGAGUGAGGCUGUCUUUAUAGUAAUCUUGAAUGUUGAAUUCAAUAGGUGACUGACAAAAUGGUCUAAUCUUUUGAGAUUUUGGAAAUCAUUUCCUGUGCCAGAAUUAUUGCUUGUCUAUAUUCUGUGUUCUCCUAUGGAGGUGGCUGUUCUAGAAGUGAAUGGAUAAUACAUUAAAUAAAAUAUUAAAUGUA